AUGGGUGGCCUUCCAGUGGUCUUCAUUGGCAUCUGCUUCCUCUUGUGUGACGCUUCGAUCACUACAGCUGGCAACCCUUCCAGUUCAGCGGGUGAUGAUGGAUAUGAUAAAAACUUGCUCACCCCGAACGGAAUUGCAGCAGCAAAUCAGGAAGAUUCCGACCACUUCGUCAAACGUCAAGGGCAUCAGUUCACGCUCAACGGAAAGCGGUUCUUCGUUCACGGGCAUUCCUACGGUGGCUCGCUGCAGUAUCUGACCUGGUCUAAAGAACGGGGUGGCAGAGUCACUACCACUGACGAUGCUUUGGGAGACAGUGAGCAGUUCUACACCGACGACCUGUGCAAGGAGUUCUAUAAGUCCUACGUCAAGUCUAUUCUUCAGCGGACAAAUACAUUCACAAAACGGGUAUACAGGGACGAUCCCACCAUCUUCGCCUUCGACCUGAUAAAUGAGCCACGUGCACCGCUUCAUCCGAAUGGCAACGAACUGCAGGCCUGGAUCGAAGAGAUGUCCUCCUUCCUCCGAAACGAAGAUCCGAACCAUCUUAUCAGUGUUGGUUUAGAGGGUUGGUUUGGAGCAACAACCCCAGAUCUCCAGAUGCUGAAUCCUCCGACCACCUCAAAGUAUCCAAUUGAAUGGAACGAGACGGAGGGCUCGGACUUUGUUGUGAACAACAUCUUGCCGUCCGUUGACUUUGCGGCGAUGAGUAUAUGGGAUCAUUGGCUGCCCACAAAUAGCACCAGCGGAGAAUCGCUGCGGCCUCUCGUGCUGUUGCAGUUUUGGGAAAAGUGGAUCACGGGACACAUAUCUGCAUCUGAGAGGUUCUUGGACAAACCCGUUCUCCUCGAGGCAAUCGGAGUGAGACGUGCAAGUCAGGAAGGUCGGAACCCUUUCUUCAAGCUGGCUUUUGACCUGAUGUUCGAGUCCUUCAAAGGAAGAGGAGCAGGAGCGGGGACCUGUUUCUGGAUGCUCAGUGACGACGCGUACCCGGACUACGACGGCUCCACCGUCUACUAUCCCGCUCACGCCUCAACCGGGGUUCUCAUCAAAGCGCAAGCGGAGAAGGUCCAGAUCUUGGCCAAGAGGGAGGAGCGCAUUCGCUACAUUAAUUCGCUCGUGAAGGCUCAGCUCAACCACUUUGGGACAUCGCAGGAGGCUGGAGAGGAGGUCUCGAAGCUCGGCACACAACGGCCCACCAACAAUGACGCGGUUUCAGAAGACUCCGUCGACUCUAACGCAGCACGCAAAUUCCGAAUGGCACUCGCUCGCCACCAUCCUUACGUCAGGACCGACCCGACCACGAGGCAGCGGUUAGCACUCGAAGGGCCAGAGACAGGGGAGAUAGGUCUAGAUGAUGUGUCUGAUGACCGAGUAGCGGCCGCAGCAGUAGAGAUCCGUUUGUUGUUGAUUCUGUCCUUUUUAUUCUGCGUGCUUGCCCUUUUCUUCAUUUACCAGGCUGCUUUUCCAAGGAAGAGACUCGGACCCCGCGGGACAGGACUUUCAGAAGACUGA